ACGCUGUGAUAAUCGGAUGAGUGUAGGCUGUAAUGAAACAGCUCCGGAGCUGAUUUAACUCAGUGUGGGAACAUUUAUACAGACUGUACGGAGAGUAAACGUCUGAACCUACACCUCUUUAACCUCUUUUACACCAUGAAGGAGAACGAGAAUACGGGUUUUACACUUUAAACAGCGGAUUCGGACACAUGACGGCACUCUUCUGAAUGAGCUCAGUUUGUAUAUUAUCGUGUAUCUCUGGAAAUCAGGCUGCAGCUGCUCCAACUGUUUACUUUUAAGAACCGCAACUCUUAUCAAUGUUGGAGAGACCAAAAGAAGACAUGGGUGAGUUCAGGAGGAAUGCUUUCAGGAGGAAACCUAAACCCGACGGAGAGCUGGAGGACCAGCCUGAGGAGUGUGCAGAAAAAGCAGGCAAGCCCAGCUGUUUCCCCACCAAAGGCCCUGAUGAAGAGGAGGCUUGUGUAGCGGUGAAGAUCGCUCAAGCGAAAGAUCCUGGCAGUAGCCCCGGAGAACGUCGUAGUCAGAAGCUGAGUCGGGGAUGCAGAGGCAGUAACAAGAGCUCCAGUGGAGUAAAUGGAAGAGGCUCGGGCCGCCACCUCCCUCAGCAUCUCAAACCACACGUGCCUCCUAAACCACUGCACCUCCAGAGUCCGGUGACAGAGCUCUGCAAGCCACUAGGCAGGGCCCCACCCUUUAGCUCCAGGAUGGAGGAGGGAGGAGGAGGCGGCGGGAAGGGCCGGGUGUCCAAUCUCAUCAGCCGCUUUGAGGAGAACAGGAAGGAGGGUUCUCCUCUAAAGCAACCCGUCAGAACUCCUAAUUGCAGUCCAGUGCACAAGAGUGGUCAGAAGCAGCCAGAGCCUACAGACCAGCCUUCUGACUCCAGCACGGUCAGCCCUGAUCAUGCUGAUGCCCACUCUGCAAACGGGGUGCUAGCCCAGAUGGAAAAGGACAGCAGGCCGAGCACAGAAGACCAGCCGCUGCUGAACGGAGAUUUGAGGGAGCAGAGUGUGGACGGGGACCUAGAUCUGUCUCACGGUGUGCACGAGCCGGCCGAGAGAGUGAACGAGGCCAGACGAGAGGAGACUGAGAAUGAGGCCAGCAGGGAAGAUACGAGUAUGGAACACAAGGAAACCAAUGAGCAGAAGCUGUACAAGAUCGCGAAUGAGCUCCUGCAGACAGAGAAAGCCUAUGUUGCUCGACUCAACCUGUUAGAUCAGGUGUUCUGCGCCAAGCUGAUGGAAGAGGCAGGAAAAGGCAUAUUCCCUGUGGAUGUGGUGAAGAACAUCUUCUCCAAUAUCUCCUCCAUCAAUGCCUUCCACAGCCAGUUCCUCCUACCAGACCUGGAGAAACGCAUGGGAGAAUGGGAGACGACACCACGCAUUGGCGACAUUCUGCAGAAGCUCACGCCCUUUCUGAAGAUGUAUGCAGAGUAUGUGAGGAACUUUGAUAAAGCCAUGGAGCUGCUGAAACAGUGGACAGACCGCUCACCUCAGUUCAAAGCCACCAUUCAGGAAAUACAGAAGCAGGAGGUCUGUGGCAGUCUGAGCCUGCAGCACCACAUGCUGGAGCCUGUGCAAAGAGUGCCGAGAUACGAGAUGCUCCUCAAAGACUACCUGAAGAAGCUCCCUCAGGACCAUGUGGACCGCAGAGAUGCUGAAAAGUCUUUAGAAAUUAUUGCCACGGCAGCCACCCAUUCCAACACGGCCAUUCGCAAAUCUGAGAACUUGAAGAAAUUGCUGGAGAUCUAUGAAAUGCUGGGGGAAGAGGAGGAUAUUGUGAAUGCCUCCAAUGAGUUUAUCAAGGAGGGCCACAUUCUCAAACUAGCAGCCAGGAACACUUCAGCUAUGGACAGAUACCUCUUUCUGUUCAACAACAUGCUGCUCUACUGCGUUCCCAAGUUCAGCCUGGUGGGGCAGAAGUUCACCGUCCGCACGCGAAUCGGCAUUGAUGGCAUGAAGGUGGCAGAGACCUACAAUGAGGAUUACCCUCAUACAUUCCAGGUGUCGGGAAAGGAGCGAACUCUGGAGCUGCAGGCCAGCACUCAGCAAGAUAAAGAGGACUGGAUAAAGGCAUUUCAGGAAACAAUAGAGAUCUUUCACCAAAAGAAUGAGACGUUUAAAACGGCAUCUAAAGAGGUGGAGGAAGUAUCGAUAUCAGAGCUGGGGAAACGUGCACCACGUUGGAUUCGCGACAAUGAGGUGACCAUGUGUAUGAAGUGCAGAGAACCCUUUAACGCUCUCACUCGCAGGAGACAUCACUGUCGAGCCUGUGGUUAUGUGGUCUGCUGGAAGUGCUCGGACAAUAAAGCUUCUCUGGAAUAUGACGGGAAUAAGAUGAACAAGGUGUGUCGAGACUGCUACUCCAUCUUAACAGGCCAUUCAGAGAGCGAGGAGAAGGAAGGAAAGAAAAAAGGCAUCCUAGAGAUUGAGGCAGCGCAGUUCUCAGGCAGUAGUAUAAUGUGUGGCUUCCUGCAGUACUGUGAGAAGAACAAGCCCUGGCAGAAAGUCUGGUGUGUCAUCCCCGAGAAAGAAGCGUUAGUGCUGUACCUGUAUGGAGCACCACAGGAUGUUAAAGCCCAGUCCACAAUCCCAUUGCUAGGGUACUCUGUGGAUGAUGCAGCUCGGCCAGCCGACCCUCCGGCUAGUUUCCGUCUGUCACAGUCGAAGUCCGUGCACAGCUUUGCAGCAGAGAGUGAGGAGCUGAAGCAGCGCUGGCUCAGGGUGAUCCGGCUGGCCGUGACGGGCGAGGUACCUGAAUGUCCACCACAUGCAGAGAUCCACGUGACAGAGGGCAGUCAGGAAAACAGCUCGGAUAGCCUCUGAGUGCUGAGAUACGAGCAGAGCAGCUGCUGCCAACUGGACCACAACUGCUCUCAGAGACAUGGAGAAGGAGGGCGAGGAGGCCCUGUCCUGAGAUGCCCUGAGUUUCCUGAGAAAGUCAUACAGACUCUACACUUAUGAGGAGCAUGGACGCCACCUGUUGAUAGGGUGGUGUAUUUCCACGUUGGAUUUAAUAUGUUCUCUAAUGGGACAGGGGAGUCUAAAGCGAUGGCACCCACAAGUGCUUUUAAACUUCUCUGGUGCCACAGUACAGUUGCCAGCAGCCUGGGACAGAUGACAUUCAACGUUUGGAUGCAUACAUAUCCGUUUAAACACAUAAGGAUUUUACGCUCAAACAGUAUGAAUUACUGGCAGCCAGUCCAUUCCAUAUGUACGAAUAUCCCCGGGUAUGUCUCUUUUAUAAAGAAAUGAAGUGAAUGCAGAUUUUAGACUUCUCUACAAUCCUGAAGGCAAGUUUGAAAUUGAAUUCAGGCUGCCUCAGUACUCUAAGAAGCUCUACCCAGGAACAUUAUUCAUACAGACUGCAUAUCACAUCCGGUUUCACACGCAAUAAGCACUGCAUCAUGGUGUCUGUCACAUUUAGGAACCAGCAUAUAUAUACAUAUAUAUAAAAUAAAUAUAUACACAUUCCCAGCACAGUUAGAAAAGUCACCCAGUUGUAGAUCUACAGGGACUGAAACAGACUGAAAGUGACUGAUAGUGUGCCAUGAGAGCUUAGCAAAACAAAGGACACUUGAGAUACCACAAGAUGAGUUCUCGCAUUCAUUCAUCAUAAGCUGGAUAAAUAUCCCUACUUUACAAGUCUAGACACAAAUCAAUCACACCUAAAUAGACUGUCCACUGAAUGGUCAGAAGCUCUGUAUUUUACAUUAUUUUUUACCUGGUCAGGUGAAGUUGUUGCUUACCAGAUUCGUUCUCUAGUCAGGAUACUAGACUACAGAACUUAUUCUAUGAUAUUUCACAAAGAGAGAAGCCGAUACUUGUAUACAUGUACAUGAUUAUCAACCACAAGCACAGAUUCUGGAGUAUGUUUCCUUUUUAUCAUAUGGAGGCCAUGUUCAUACAUCUGGUCGUGAUUGCUGGCGAGUAUGCCAGUAGGGAAAUGGGGAAGAGUGUUACGCUACUGAAGAGUGUCUUAAACGAGACUUCCUGUGUGGGCGGCACAAUCAAGGACAAAUAAGCCCACCAGCAGGGAGAGAUGUGUAAAUGUUUUAUGAAAUACUGUAAUUAGUUUUAUUAUUUAAGAGUAAUUUAUAAGAAGAGAAAAAGAUGUGCAUGGUUUUGAGCAGCAGUAGCACAAAGAAAGCUUUCAUGCCAUUUCGCCUCCUUCUGUCAUACUGUUCUGUUCAUUUACAGCCUGGUAUUCAGUAUCGCACCUCAACAUAGACAGCUUUGUUUUGUUAUAUUUGGUUAUGUAUGCAGUCUUUCUGUCUUUUAUUUCUUGUCCUACAAUCCUACAUGUUAUCAUCGCUGAACUCUGAGAAAUGAUAUGAUCAAAUACUAUAUGGGAAUAAUGUGCCUGAGAUUCAAAGACAUUCAAAAAGAGGUUGAGUUACACAUAAAGACAACACAUUCUAGGGCAAGAAAUUAGGGAUGCACAUAAAUUAAUAUUUUUGUCCAAACCAAAACCAGACAAAAUAUUAAAAUGUAUUUAUAAAAAACAAACCCAAUCUUGCAUCUUUUUGUUAUUUCAGCCAUUUCUACGCUGAUUCAGAAACUGAAGUGGUCUCUUAAUUUUUUCCAAAGCUGUAUUUAUUGAACAUUCAUUUAUUUCAGUUUUUUCCAGCAAACAAACCAGCAAAGCUCAAUUGGUUGUUUUCAGUCACGUGUGUUUACUACGCGUAACGUCACCAAGGCGCCAUGUUUAAGGUAGUCAGCGUGUGAAAGAAGUACAAACAAACUUACUUCUAUAAUGUUUUAGAGAGAUUAAAGCGAUGAAACUGUAGAAACAGAAGAUAAAGGAGGAAACAGCGCCUCUAGACUAGCUGAGAGAGGAUUCCGGAGACUCUACUGUGGGUUAAUUAAGCUAUAAUCCGUUAAACAGCGCUGAUAAACACAGCGGGACUGCUAACGUUACUAGCUUUAAUGCUAACGAUACUGCUGCUGAACCAGACCGCAGCUUUAUCUGGAUUUAUAUAAAGAUAUACAUAUUUUAUUCAACUACAGCACGAGGAUUUACACCUCUCAACACUUCUGAAUCCAGGCUUUAAACUCACAGACGUGUUUUACAUUCAGCCGAAGCACCAAAACAGCACAGUCCGACUCUGCUAACAGUGAAGGUAAGCUUCUCUAAUCUAAUCAGUAAAACUCGGGCUUAAAACAGCUGACUUUAACGUUACUGUUUUUAUAACUAUAUAAUAUGUAUGGAUACCUGUGGACGGGCUUUUUAUUUGGAGUUAACUACCUUAGAACGUGUUUUUCUUCUAUUUUAAUUAGCUAUCCUUAGACAAACGGUGGUAGUUAAAUUAGAUAACUAAAACUGUCUCGGACACCAGGCAGUGUAUUUAUAACCUUUGGUGUAAUAACUCUUUGUGUGAGGACGUUUUUAGAGGUUCAGACGUCUAGAAAAUUUCUGUUUUUCAUGUGCUCCCCUUUAACAAGAGUUUACUAAUCUAUUACACAUUUUAGCUGAGGAAAAAAAAACAAGUCAUAAAGAUCAGUCCUAGAGUGAAGGAAAUUAAAUUCAAAACAAAUAAACUAAUAACUUAAUCUGUUAAAAUCUUGAAACUUCUGAUAAAGUACUGCAGAAAUUAGAAUGCAUAGCUUACAGUUUUAAACAAGGCCACAUUAAAGGAGAAUUCUGGUGUGAAAUGGAUUUGAGGUGUAGUAAAACAUGGUAACGAGUUUUUUGCAAGUAAGAACCCCCAGCAUUUUUGAAACCGCACUUUUAGCCCAUGCUCCCAACAAGCUUACAAUGCUAGCGAUAGGGGCAUAACACUACCGAUGCAAAGAAAUAACUUUUUUUUACACCAACAACCAUUAGCUCAGAUUAGCUACACACUUCAUUGGUACAAUUGUGAGAGCCCUAACAUUUAAAACAAGGCACUUUGAAAGUGUAAGAGAAAUUUAGACAAAGUUUUUCGGUAAACAAAAAAAACGACAAAAGUUAAUCUAAGUUACCUAACUUAGCUUGCUAACUUUACUAGCCUAGCCCUGUUCAGAAUGUUACUGAAUAAAUGAGGAAAAAAUUGAAAGGGAAGAGUUUAAUUUAAUUUAUGCAAUAGAGUGAGUUAAAAAACACAAAUACAAACACUAGAGGAAACUCUUAAUUAAACUCUAAAUUUAAAUGUCAUUGUUCAGUAUAAAUUUAGUAAUUUCACUAUUUUCAGAUAGUAUAUCAAAUAUUUAACCUAGUGCAUCCCUACAAAAUAAAUCUUAUCUUCAGAAUGGCAAAUUUGAGUAACUGUCAGAUAGAGCUGUUUGGCAAAAAUGGAGAUACAAGGUUUUUGUGUAACAGCCACAAUACAUUGCCUAGUAUAGCAGAUGGGUAGGCUAGGUGAAUCAUCAUGAUCAUUAUCAUAAUGCACAUAUGUAAGCUUUAAGGUUUAGCAUCCUAAUUACUACAAAUUCCUGGUCUAACCAUGCAGAAUUGAUCGUAUGUAGCCAGGCACUGCUUGUCUUAUACCCAGACAUUCUGGUUUGUUUAUGCUAUCCGAAUGUAGCCCGCUAAUUUUGUUUUAGUUAUCCCAAGUAUUAGUAAGAAAGGGGAAAAACAUGCUGGCUUUAGAGUUUACUGAAGAGACCUGAUUUUAUACAUCCCAACUUUAUUUCCUCCCUUUUCUGAAUCUAAAACGCACUUUACUGUCUUCUAUAAAGUGUACCUUGUAAGAGAAAUAAAAGCGAGAAGAUAA